UGGAUCGUAUUACAGGACAAUUCGUUAUGCUGAGCGUUUCUGAAGAAAAACCUGUUUUUUCUGUGUAACUUCAUUACUGAGAGUAACAGCCGCUCAGUGUGACUGACUGACUGCAGCUCACUGACAGAUUAGUGAUUUGAUGCUUCCACGUGUCUCAAUGUAGAACUGCACUAGAGUUUCUUGGUCGAAAUUUUUGAGACGGAGCCGCCAAAUUGUAGGCUCUGUAGUGAACAAGUGAGCAUGGAGCUUUUUGAGACGCACCCCAGUGUCGGCACAGUCUGCGCAGGCGUGCUGUAGAAGUGCAGGGUGAGAUGUCAGCCUGAGUUUUUCACUCUGUAGCUGCUGUUAUUAUUUUUACAGGCUCUGUCAGGACAAAUGGAGGGGUUUUCUUCGUUACAGUAAAUAUUAUUAUACAGUUUAUUCAGCUAAUAAAUAUCCAGCAAAGUCUAUAGUGUGAGCAGAGCAGCGCUAUGGUUCCCCUAAAGCGCAGGAAAUUAACAGCAGCUCAAACUGAAAACCAGGACAAUAAAGUCUGUAAAUUUCCAGAUAUUACUGUUUAUAUCGUGGAAAGAAAGAUGGGAGCAUCUCGAAAAGCUUUUCUUACUCGACUCGGGAGGAGUAAAGGUUUUCUGAUUGAGGAAACUUACAGCUCUUCCGUCACUCAUGUUGUAUCAGAAAGUAACACUGGAGAUGAGGUUCAGGCCUGGGUUAAUAAUCACACUGAGGGAAAAGCCCUGACUGACUCCAUCCACCUGCUGGACAUCAGCUGGCUGACUGAGAGCAUGGCUGAGGGAGGACCUGUAGCCGUGCAGGACAGACACAGGUUAAAGACCAGUCUGAAGUCCUCUGAAGACACUCCAUCAUUCACAGUGAAGAGUUACGCCUGCCAGAGAAGAACUCCUCUAAAACACCACAAUACAUUUUUGACAGAAGCUCUGGAGAUUUUGGCAGAAAAUGCUGAGUUUGGUGAGAAUGAGGGCAGGAGUGUGGCGUUCCGGCGCUCGGCGUCUGUCCUGAAGGCCCUUCCGUAUGCAGUGCGACAGAUGGACGACCUGAAGAACUUGCCCUGUCUGGGUGAGCACUCACAAAGAGUCAUAAAGGAGAUUUUAGAAGAUGGCUCAUCAAGGGAAGUGCAGUCAACGAGACAGUCGGCGCAGUUCCAGGCCAUGAAGGCGUUGACGGGAGUGUUUGGAGUGGGAGUGAGGAGUGCUGACCGCUGGUUUAGGGAAGGCCUGCUAUGCCCAUCAGAUCUGAUACGUACUGGACAAAAACUGAACAAAGCACAGCAAGCAGGAGUGCAGUAUUAUGAUGAUCUGAACAGACCGGUCACUAAGCAGGAGGCUCUGGCCAUCAGUCAGAUAGUGGAGAGAGCAGUGAAUUCUGUGCUUCCUGGAUCCAUCAUUACUCUCACUGGAGGAUUCAGAAGGGGUAAGGAGGUGGGGCACGAUGUGGAUUUCCUCAUCACUCAUGAAGAGGAGGGGGUGGAGGAAGGGUUGAUGCCCAAACUGGUGAACUGGCUGGAUGAACAGGGUUUUCUGUUGUAUCAGAAAACGACCCGGAACUCUUACCUGGAGAGUAAAGACGGACCUGCCCGUCCUCCUAAUAAUAUGGACCGAUUUGAGAGGUGCUUCUCUAUAUUUAAACUGGAACAGUGUUCAGAGGACAGCAGUGCAGUUCUAGAAACUGGUUCUGAUGACUCUGGCACCACGGACAACGUCAACGGGACAACUAGACAACAGCCUGGAUCUUCCUGGAGAGCGGUGCGAGUGGACCUGGUGGUCAGCCCAUUCAGCCAGUUUGCUUUUGCCACACUUGGCUGGACAGGAUCCAAGCUGUUUGAGAGGGAGCUGAGGCGGUGGGCGGGGCAGGAGAAGGGCAUGUCUCUGAGCAGCCACGCCCUCUACGACAGCAAACAGCAGCGUUAUCUUCGGGCGAACUCAGAGGAGGAGAUCUUUGCCCACCUGGGUCUGGAGUUUAUCCCCCCCUGCGAGAGGAACUCCUGACCUUCUUCAGUCCAGCCUCGAUCCUCUACAACCUCAACUACCUUAGCACCUCCACCAUCCUCCAUUUAGCACGGGUCAGAUCAUUUUAUCUCAGGACAAAUGACCUUAAACUAACUAUAGACUUCAUGACUUCAUGAAGUAUUUGAACAUUGUGACGCUGCAUUUAUUUAGAAAUGCUUAAAAAUAGGAUUUUAUAUAUUAUAAUCUGUUAAGAUGACUGUCCGCUAGGGGUGGGCAAUAUGGCUCUAAAAUAAUAUCACGAUAUUUCAUGGUAAUUUGCGAUACCGAUACUCUUGGCGAUAUGACGAAACACUGAAUAAUUACAAAAAUUAUUAUUUCAAGAAUAAACUACUGCAACAAAAUG